ACUUUCAUUUCGUGUGCGACAUUUUCAGUCAUUCUGGGAAAAUAAAAAUCUCAUUUUCAAUAAUCUGAACGUAAUGGCACCCCGCAAAAAUGCUCGUAUUUUGGCGGCCAACCAGGCGUCCUCUGCCGCCCCGCCCUUGGCCCGACGCGCUGCGUUCCUCCGCGCAGUGGAGGCAAUAUCCGUUACCAGGCGCCGCUGGACUACCACCACUGCCAGCCAGCGCCGUGCAAUCCAGAGGGCUGCCAACCAGCGCCGUUCAAUCCAGAUCGCUGCCAACCAGCCGCCCGCUGAGGACCCUCCCGUUACCAACCUUCGCGGGACCAAUCGCCGCGGUACCAAUCGCCGUGGAACCAACCGCCGCGGAACCAAUCGCCGCGGUACACAACGUGACACCGGUGGGAGUGCCGUCAUGGAAGCUUCGCCCGCAAGCUUGCCAGUUGCGGUGCCAGAAAAACGAAUGGUCUCUCAAAUUGGCAUACGCCGCCUCCGCAAGGAGAUGGAGAAAAUGACGAGCGAUCCGACGGACGGGUGCACGGUGGAGUUAGUGGACGACUGUAUCUACGACUGGAAGGCCGUUAUUCUCGGGCCCUCGGACACGCCCUACGAGGGCGGCCACUUUGAACUACGCCUUCAAUUUCCGCAGGCGUACCCGGCUCAACCGCCAUUUUUGAUGUUCCUUACAAAGGUCUACCAUUGCAACGUACACAACCGCGCUAUCUGCGUGGAUAUUCUGCGCUCGGCUUGGUCGCCCGCCCUGACCGUGGAGAAGAUACUUUUGUCCAUCCGGUCGCUGCUGUCGGACCCCAACCCCGAUAGCCCCUUGAACUGCGACGCUGCCGAGCUGUACAAGACGGACCGCGAGGAGCACGACCGCAUGGCACGGCUGUGGACCCGCCGCUACGCCCAGCCUUCAGAUGCCUGAAUAAUCCCACACUUUCCGAAUUCUUUGGGCACCAUGAGAACAUAACAUAAUAUACAAUUUAUAUUUGACUGAAAUAAAGGCCCGGGCUGUGAGUUGUUUGCCUCACA